GAUGGCGGAGCCGCGCCGGGUGCCGUUCAUUAGCCUGUCACCCGUGCGGCGCCGCGAGGGCGAGAGCCCGGCGCUGGAGCGAGAGCCGGCGGGCCGCGACCCGGAGCCACCUCCGGCGGGCCGUGAGGCGCCACCGCCGGAACCGCCGCCGCACGAGCCGCCCAGCGACAGAGCUGCCCGCCCGGAGCCGCCCCGCGACCCCGGCCGGCCCGAGCAGCCGCCGCAGCGGGAGCCCCCGCGGCCCGAGCCGCCGCCGCUGCCGCCACCGCCGCGCCAGAGCGGGCGGCAGGAGCCGCCGCCGCCGCGGGAGGCGCUCCCGCUCCGCCAGACGGUCCGCCUGGAGGUGGUGCUGAAGGACCCCACCGAGGAGGGCUGCGUGGAGUUCAGCUACCCGGAGCUGCUGCUGUGCGGGGACUCGCGGAAGAAAUCGGUUCAUUUAGAGGAUCCAUAUAAUGAUGAACAACGUGAGCGACAUGAAGUAGAAAUGCUUGCCAAGAAGUUUGAGGCAAAAUAUGGUGGCAAGCCCCACAAACAUCGGAAAGAUCGCCUGCAGGAUCUGAUCGAUAUAGGUUACGGCUACGACGAGACGGACCCUUUCAUUGAUAAUUCUGAAGCGUAUGAUGAAUUGGUUCCUGCAUCCCUAACAACCAAAUAUGGAGGGUUUUAUAUCAACACUGGCACGCUGCAGUUUCGCCAGGCAUCUGAAUCAGAGGAUGAAGACUUUGCAGAAGACAAAAAGCAUAGACCACCUAAAAUAGCAAAGUUGAAAGAAAGUGAAGAUCGUGGAAUGAAGAAACGCAAGCGAAAAGAUGAAGGGACAGAAAAGGAGAAGAAGCCUCGGAAAAUGAAAGUUCCUAAGCAGUUGGGAGUAAUGGCCUUAAAUUCACACAAGUCUGAGAAGAAGAAAAAGAAAUUAUAUAAAGAUUCACUCUCUCUGGCUGCCAUGAUCCGUAAAUUUCAAAAAGAGAAGGAAGCCAUGAGGAAGAAGGAACCUAGUCCAAAACCUCCAGUGACUGUUGCAACCUCUACCCCUAGUAAAAUUCCUUCCUCCUCUCUCAGUGCAGGAAAUGAUAUCUCUGACUUGAAUCUUAGGAUCAAUGAUCCUGUCCUCUCCAUUUUUGGUAGCACAAAUGAACCUGAGCUCCUGCAAGAAACUGAAAGUGCCCUGGAGAUGCUGGGAGAUAUUGACUUUGACAAGUUGCUUGAUGGCACUUCUGAUGGCAGCCCAGGGUCUGAACUGUCAGGAGAGAAUGGAAAUGUCACUCAGGCAACCUACACCUCUCAGGUCAUGACACCCAAGCAGGUGCCUGCCCUCCCAGAAGGUCUGCCUAUGCUACUUGAAAAACGCAUUGGAGACCUUCGAACAGCUGCCAAGAUGUUUGAUGAAGAAGGCAGGAAGAAGUUUUUCACACAAGACAUGAAUAAUAUUCUUCUGGAUAUUGAGCUGCAGUUACAGGAGGUGAAUCCUGCCAUCCGCAAUGGAGUGUACUCACACCUGGAGGCUUUCGUGCCGUGCAAUAAGGACACGCUGAUAAAGCGCCUGAAGAAGUUACACCUCAAUGUCCAGGAUGACCGCUUGAGAGAGCCAUUGCAGAAGCUGAAACUGGCUGUCAGUAAUGUCAUGCCUGAGCAGUUAUGCAAGUAUCAAGAGGACUGUCAGGCCCGCAAUCAAGCCAAGAAUGCCAAGUUGCAAGCAGAAGAUGAACGAGAGAAAAAUGGAUCAGAGGAAGAUGAUGACGAGAAACCUGGAAAGAGGGUUGUUGGACCCAGAAAGAAGUUUCACUGGGAUGACACAGUGAGGUCUCUGUUGUGUAAUCUUGUCAAGAUCAAGCUGGGAUGUUACGAGCUAGAGCCAAAUAGAAGUCAGUCUGCUGAAGAUUACCUCAAAACCUUCAUGGAAACAGAAGUGAAACCACUUUGGCCUAAAGGCUGGAUGCAGGCAAGGAUGCUUUUUAAAGAAAGCCGAAGUGUUCACAAUCACCUCACUUCUGCUCCGGCAAAGAAGAAGGUGAUUCUGGCCCCUAAACCCAAAGUGAAGGACUCCAGUCCAAAAAAAGAACAGAAAACCUGUAUGUCUUCAGUCAAUUCAGGUUGUGCUUCUGUACUGAGUUCAAGUGUAGCUGUGUGCACCCCAGCUAGCUCUAGCUGCACAGCAGCUCCGGAGACGAUCUGCUUGGAUGACUCGCUGGAUGAAGACCUCUCUUUCCACCCACCCUCACUGGACUCUGUUUCUGAUGCUCUGGCAGUUAUCAAUAAUGGUGCCAAGGGAUCACCUCUUGGGUCUACCAUAGACACACCAACAUCCAGACCUCGCCCUGGGCUGAGGGAGGAGAAACUAGCAAGCAUUAUGAGUAAGUUGCCUCUGGCAACUUCAAAGAAAGUAGAGCCCAGUCAAACAUCCCAUUCAUCAAGUCUUAUUGCUGGUCACACAGGGCCAGUACCAAAGAAACCCCAGGACUUAGUUCACACUGGUAUCUCUUCAGGCCUUAUUGCUGGAUCUUCAAUUCAAAAUCCCAAGGUUUCCUUAGAGCCUUUGCCAGCCAAACUACUUCAACAAGGACUACAGAGGUCAAGUCAGAUCCAAGCUGCUUCCUCCUCUUCUCAGACUCACAUUUCUUCCUCUAAGACUCAAGCAGCUAUUUCCACCUCCUCUCAAAGAACCAAGGAUAUCUUGGUAUCAUCUGCUGAGGCUCAAGGUGGUACUUCCUCAACAUCACAAGUGACAAAGGUGCACCAGCAUUCAGCUGUACAACAGAAAUACGUAUCUCCCUUACAAGCAACUAUUAGUAAAUCGCAGACCAAUCCUGUGGUGAAAUUGAGUAGUAAUCCCAAACUCUCUUGCUCAUCACCAGUCAUCAAGGCUCAAGAUAAAUCUGUAGUGUAUCGCCUGCCUUUGUCUAAUCCCUCAUCCGGAAGUGGCUCUCAAGUGUCUCACCCACUGGUUUCUCGGACAACAUCCAGCACCUCUACCUCUAGUAACUAUUUAGCUAAGGCUAUGGUGUCACAAGCUUCUUCCCAGGGUUUCAAACCUCCCUUCUCCAUGGCUGUCUCUCCCAAACCUGCUGCCUCUCCCAAGCCCACUUCAUCUAAGCCCUCUGUGACACCGAAGCCCAAUGCAUCACCUAAAUUUUCAUCCAAGUCCACCUCAUCCCCCAGGCCUGCAACAACACCCAGUUCUUCCAGUUCAAGUGCACUAGUUUCCCAGAGUAGUCACUCCAGCAACAACCCCCUUCAUAAACAGGCCGGUGGUGUAAAUAUCAGCAGGCAGUCUCCUACAGUGAAUUUGCUGUCCUCUAAUCGCACCUCAGGCCUUCAGCCUGCAAAAAACCCUCAGGCUUCUUCAAAAUUACCAAACUCUUCUCCUUCUGGAACUGUUGGUAAAAAUAAUCUGGGUGGAGUUGGAAUGAAUGUACCUGCCAGCAGAGGCAGUAACCUUAACUCAAGUGGAGCUAGUAGGACUAGUCUGUCUGGGGGAGCAGGAAGUGGAACACAGGGUGCUACUAAACAAUUGUCAACUCCACACAGACCGUCUUCUGCCUCAGGGUCUCCAGUUGUAGCAGCCAGCGUGCAGGUAUGCAUUUCUGCACCAUUAGCUCCUUUUGGGAUGCUGGGUGGCCUUGUUCCUGUGACUGUGCCCUUCCAGUUUCCCUUGGAGCUGCUUGGCUUUGGGACAGACACAGCUGGAGUGACAACCACCUCGGGAUCUACCUCAGCGGCUUUCCACCACAGCCUAACUCAGAACUUACUGAAGGGUUUACAGCCAGGUGCUCAGCAUGCAGCAACACUGUCUCACUCACCUCUGCCUGCUCACUUGCAGCAAGCUUACACAGAUGGAGGCCAAAGUAAAGGGGACACUAAGUUACAGCGGAAAAACCAGUGACUUCUGGACAAGCAAGGGAGCUGAAGCAGUUCUGGUUGGCUGACAGAAUCUGCCCAGUUGGGAAAGUGCUUAUUGUCACAGGGCUGCUGUUUCUGUCAAUGUUUACAUAUUCUGAUCCUAAGCACUGUGGUGAGAGGAAGAAGAAAAAUAAAACAAUACUUGAUCAAAGAGAGAAGGAAAAGGAGGACUGGUCCUCCUGGUCAUGCAGACUGGUCAUAGUUUGGUAUUGCCUAAAGAAACAACCUUUUGUAUCUGCUCUGAUUGGCUCGUAAAAGAAAUUGAUCGUCAAACCCACAGCAGCACCAACAUUUUAUUUCUGGAUGAAGUACAAUGGAAAGUGGAAAUGGUGAAAGGUGCUAGAAUAGGUUUCUCCAUUCAUUGCAUAAAGUGGAAUCAUCCACUUCCUUAGUGCCCAAAGUGCCCAGUAUGUGUAGGUCCUGAGUGUACUAUAUGGUUGUGGACCAAAGUUUAUGUAGAAUAGAGAUGGUGCUGGGAUACUUUGCAUUACAAUUAAACCUUUAGACAAAAGCAGUUUCUGAUAAUGGGUAUUUAUCCAGCUUUAGAAGGCUGUUUCACUUUAGGGAGCCUACAGAUGUAUGCAGUCUCAAUAGAGAGUUGUCUUCAAACAGAGAUCUCCUGGUACAUCAAAAUGUAAGACACAGACUAUUUGAUUUAUUUUCAGGAUUUUUAUAAGUACAAAAGUUCUUCUUUAAGGGAGGAAGGGGAUAGAAAUUCAUUAACAUGAAAAGAAACCCACAUUUUAUUGGUCAGACUAGCAUUUUCCCACUUUCUUUUUUAAUCACGCUAAUGUUUCGGUAUUUCCAUUUGUUAAACUUUCUUUACCUUGUGCUUAUUUGCUACUGGAAAGAUACUCUCUUCAUGUCUUUCAUAAACCACAACCAGUUCUUUUCUCAUUCUAAGGCUUCAUCUUUUAUCUAACUCCUCCCAGAAGCCAUCAUUAUAUUGAUUUGCUAGGUAAAGUAAGCUGAUUGUGACCUAUUCCAGUCAGAUUAAUAUUGCUUCAGGCAUUAGCCAAAGAGGAGUCGUUCAAAAGCGACCAGAGGUGCCUUCUCUUCUGGAGGCUGAAUGGGUUGUCUCCAGCAUUUCCAGCCCCUGCUGGCCUGGGGAGUUUGACCUGAACUCUUUCUUAUAUGGCAGGACAAGACUUCAGAGCUUGCUUUGUUGGGUUUUUUUUCUUUGAUAAUAAAAACAUCAACUGGUUCACAUGUAAGAUUAGGAAGCAUCCAGCGCAUGUUGCACUUUUGUCACUAGCACAGAAGUUUGCUGUUGAGUCCCUUGAGCUGUCAGAUGAAAGGUGAGAAUGGCAGAAACUAAAAUAUGUCAUAGGGAAAAAGAGCAAAUAAAUCAGUAUGAUGCCCUUCUUCUUCAAACCUGAAACAUUCCUUUGACCAGAGAUGCUGAAAUUCUUAGCAGAUAGUUUUUCCUGGUAGUUUGACAUGAGACUGAACCAGACACUACUGGUUAUCUCACACCUUUAGAGAGACUUUGACCCCUGAACAAUGGCUCUUCAGUGUAUUUUGCUAGAUUACUUAGAGCUUGCAGGUUUCUUUUACAUGUGAUUUAUUUUUCUUAGAUCAGACAACAAUUUCUUUUCUAUUUAGAGCUCAUUUUAAUUUUAUAUAAAUAUAUAUACAUAAAUUUAAAAUAAUAUAUAUUGUGUAUUUAGUAUAAAAAUGUUGGGUUGAGCUCAGCAAUAAAUGUUUUUGCACAACA